CUCUGAAUCUCUCUUCCAUUUCCAGAUUCAUAGAAAGCACGCCACACCAUCCCCCAUUCCAGCCAUGGCUAGCCAGCAAAACUUCUUUUCUCUGAAGGCGAACAUCUCUUCACCUUCUGCUACCAUUGAUACAAUGUUUGAUGGCUUCAGGAGGUGUGUACGUGACUACGUGUGUACAAUAGUAUCGAGGAGAUCAUAUGCAGCCAAAUUAUCCUUUGCCAGAGCAACAAAGGUAAACUGUGAAGCUCGAGCUCGAGCACUCUCUUGCACUGAUCAACAUCUGCAAUGCCAUCCUAGAGAGCUUUUCUAAGCUCAAGACAAGCAGUCGGAAAAUUACAUUGGCUCUCAGGCCAAGAUACAGUCCUUCAUCAGUCUGACCAGGAUGGGGCCAAAACAGUGGAAGAAGAUCAAGAAGAAAUCUCCUUCAGCUGACAAGGAGAGUUGCAGGGCGCUCAAACUGUUGGCUGGAGCAAGAGAGGUCGUUGCUUCAAUGCUUCAGUCAUCCACGCCUUCCCUACUGAAGCAAAUUGUCAUGCCGAGUUAUAACAAGUGGUAUCUUGUCUCCAAGAAGUUCCCCAAGAAAAGACUUCCAUGCAACAAGGAGCAAUUACUGAAACUGGAGUUUCGAGGGCAGUGCUUAGACUUUGUUGAGCAGAUUGAUCCCGAGCAGAGUUUCUUUUCUGAAUGAUACAUUGCCUAUGGUUCACUGUGAUUCGCACCCACCUUUUAGAGCGUCAGUUUACUGUUUAUGCUGCUGAUAGUGUCUUCAAGAAAAAACAACUUUGGAGCAUUUAACUCAGACGAAUCUUCAGAAAAUACAGUUACUCAGAAAUGCUCAUCAACAAGUCUCUACAAGAUGGCCAUGUUAUUCAGAUGCCAUGUGUUGCUCAGAAACAAGCAAAGGAUCCUUGUGUAGUGGAUCUUGCUAUCCAUGGCCAAAUCAAGCCAACUCGAAUAUCCAAGGUUGAGCAAGCAAGUAGCAUGUGUUGUGCAACACACCACACCUAUUCAAUUCAGUAAAUGUAUAAUAACUAGAUAACACAUAUGCACCAACCCAUACUCGGUUAGUACACCAUACAAAAUAUUUAGAACACACAAUUUUGUCAAGAUCCACCAAUAGAGUAAACCUUCCGGUUGAUUCUUGUCGCCAAGUAAUGGAACAUGACAAUGUGAUAUCUCAUUGGAAGAAUAGCUACUGCACUAAAGAAUCUGAACUACACAUGGGCUAAGAUUCCAAAUGUUGCACCAAAUCUCACAAACUUGGUAUACAAAACUGUGGAGAUGAGUUGGCAUGAUUCCUUGUGUCUACCAUUCGAAUGGCGCUGUAUCAUACAGUUCCUCUGUAUAAAUAGGCCUCAGAAGAAGGCUAAACACAUCAAACCGAAAGGUGCUCUCUCAUUCUCAUAUCUUCAAACCUCAAGUACUCAACACAGAGGAAAGAGUCUUAGCAACAGAUAUGGCUUGCCAUCUUAGAUCAGUUAGUUUGCCUUCUAGGCCUCACACCAAGGUUGAAGAGGAGCUGCACAGCCUAGAGGCAAGCAUCUCUUCACCCUCCAUGACCAUCGAGACUAUCUCCGAUGGUUUGAGGAGGCUUGGAGACAUCUACAGCACCAUUGAAGAGAUCAUGUGCCUUCCUAGCAACCAAAUUUGCUCUUCCCAGCAAAGGAAGAUGUUGGAAGGUGAAACCGAGUGCUCCCUUGAGCUACUAGAUCUCUGCAAUGCUAUGUAUGAGGACUUCACCGAGUUGAAGGCCAUUAUCCAAGAUCUGCAAGUGGCGACCAGAAAAGGAGAUGACACCGCUGUUCAGGUCAAGAUCCAGUCUUACACCCGCCUGGUGAAGAAGGCGAAGAAACAUUUCAAGAAGGCCGCGAAGAAGGUUACAUCCGACAAGGAGGACUGCAGGAUGGUCAGGCUGUUGAGCGAGGCUAGGGAGAUCACCACCUCUCUCCUCGAGUCAACAGUACACCUCUUGUCCAAGCAAAUCGCAGUGCCAAAAUGGUCUCUCGUCUCCAAAGCAUUCCAGAAGAAGAACUCGGUUGUUUGCAAGGAGGAGCAGUUGCAGGUCCUAGAGUGUAGUGUUGGAGAUCUUGAGGCUGGAGCAGGAAUUCUGUUCCGGAGAUUGGUCCAGAGCAGAGUUACUCUCCUAAACAUCCUUAGCUCAUAGAUACACUUCAACAUCUGCUACUCUUGCACUAUGCGAUUGGCUUCCACCUUUUAAAGGAUUGCUGAUCUUUCCCAGUGUGUGUGUAUAUGUAGAAAUGUACAGAAUACUUCAUACAGAAAGGAAACAAAAGUUUUGAUCGA